CCACCACACACAAACACACACACUCCACCACCCCUUAUCCGUUCUUCUUCCUCGGGGCGGGCAGGGCUGCAGCAGUUUUUUAUGAACGGAACGGCACGGCCGAGCCGUUUCAUUGACAAACAUUCCGGUUGCUGCAUUUCUGUCACGGACAGCGUCGAAGAGCGGAGCAUCAUACAUCGCCGGGGGAUCGGUGCAGAACAGCAGCAGCGGAAGAGAAGGCAGCAGCUGCAGUGAUCAACAACAAGCCCCGGUGUCGUUCGCACCUGUUUAUAAGCUGUUGAUUCGCCACCUUGACCCGGACCGGAUUCUCACGCAACCCCUCUUCCUCCUUCAAGCUCUCUGGAGACAGCCAGAAGAAUCACCUGAGGGGGAAUCACUCACACAGCUUUUGCCACUCGGAUCCCCUAUGGGGACGUGAGGCGGCGUCGUUAACGCUCACUCACUGGCGGGGUCGUUGUUUAACGACUUCCACGAAGCGCCCGGACGCAGCGAUGGAGGAUUCUGGACGCUUUUUAAAAUCUCGAGACUGCAGCGACCGGUGUGUGAUGCGAACUGAGCGGUGGGUGGUGUAGACUCCCUCCCCGCACCCCACACAAUCCCACCGCCUUAGAAUACACCCCAUCCCUCCCAACCGGGACCCACAGCCGUGUUUCACUUCACCGAGGGAAAAUGUCCCGGGCAGCGGCAAUCGCAAACUCCCUGAUCCGUCAGAAGCGACAGGCAAAGGAGCGGGAGAAGGCGAAUGCUUGCCGCGGCAGCGGCAGCCCGAGCAACACCAAAGGCACAAACGAGAAGCAGAGCAAGCUGAACGUGUUCUCGCGUGUCAAAUUGUUUGGAUCGAGGAAGAAACGGAAGAGAAGGCGACCACCAGAGCCCCAGUUAAAGGGCAUUGUGACCAGGCUUUCCAAUUGCCAGGGCUUCCAGCUUCAGAUGCAGCCUGAUGGCACUAUUGAUGGAACAAAGGAUGAAGACAGCACUUAUGCUGUGUUCAACCUGAUCCCAGUGGGGCUUCGUGUGGUGGCCAUCCAGGGCGUCCAGACCAAACUCUAUCUGGCAAUGAACAACGAAGGCUUUCUCUACACCUCUGAACAUUUUACCCCAGAGUGUAAGUUCAAGGAGUCUGUGUUUGAGAACUACUACGUCACCUACUCCUCCAUGAUGUACCGGCAGCAGGCUUCGGGUCGGGCCUGGUACCUGGGACUCAACAAGGAGGGUGGAGUCAUGAAGGGGAACCACGUCAAGAAGAACAAGGCCGCAGCACACUUCAUACCGAAACCGCUCAAAGUGGCCAUGUAUAGGGAGCCCUCUCUCCAUGACCUGACAGAACUCUCACGGUCAGGCAGCGGCACACCGACCAAGAGUCGCAGCGCUUCGGCACUACUUAACGGCGGAGGGAAGUCGCCCAGCAACAAUGAUCUAUCAUAGCCCUGCACCUCUCACACACAUACGCACACACACACUCCUAGAUAUACAAACACACACUUGCACACAGAUCUCAGGCCGACAUGCCCACGCAUCAGGCUGGUGAGGGGUAGGAGGCACUGAGGAGGAAAAGAAGGAGGACCGGAACGUGUUCUUCCACUUAACGGACCCCCCUGUGACUGACUGUGAUGUAAAUAAAAUCAAGGACAAUCAAUCCAUCUGGCUCUGCUGAUCUGGUCUGCAGACUACAGGACCUGUGAAUCUUUUCCCUUGACUACUCUUCCUGCUGUAUCAUAACCACACAGAACAAGGGAAGAAAAGCGGGAUAUAAUAGAGAGAGUCAGUCAGUCACAUAGUCAGAAAAACAGACUGUUACAGAGAACCAAAGAGUCCAACUGAGUUACUUGCAGUGAAAAGGAAAGUGGCAAGAAAUUCAGAGGAAGGAAGGAAGUCUAUCUAUUCUACCGUAUGCUAUGUUUACACAGAGCUCAUGGGGUUAAGUCAUAUUUUUAAAAUGACAAACAUAUUCCUUAUACACUUAUGAGGACUUAUCAUUUGUUUGCAUGCAGGUGUGUGUGUGUGUGUGUGUGUGUGUUUGUUUGUGUGUGUGUGUGUGUGUGUGUGGUGUGUGUGUGUGUGUGUGUGUGUGUGUG